ACUCAACCAUGUUACAUAUGCGCAUCGCAUAGCCCACAUGAUGAAUGGCCAUGUAUAGUGGGUAUGUAUAUAAAACACAUCAUUCGUUUCACUUUGAAUUAGUAUUUCGUUGAGCGGACGUGCAGUUCUUCUAGUUUCAAGUCCACGGUGUGUUGUGAACUUGUGAAAUAUGUUGCCUUCAUCGAUCAUGGAUAAGGUGACCUUCAUAACUGUAUGCGUGUGUACAUUAUUCCCAAGUUCCAUUCAGCAAUCAAACUACAGCCCCACAAAUGUACAGGAUAAUGUUGAGGGACAAUACAAAGAUGAAGCACACCUUGUUGCCAAGCUUGGAUUACCAGUUUACAAGUCAUCUACGCCGCCAACUCUGUCGAAACUAUUCAAGCCACGACCUGCAGCUUUGGAAAAUUACUUUGUGGAAGAAAAGUCACCUCAAGCAAAUGAGCCUUUGCCGUUGAAGUAUAGUAAUCCUGUGGGUAAAACUGGAUACGCAAGUCCGGUAAAACAUUUGCAGAAUUAUAAUUCACCACAACCGUUCAACUCUCCAGGUCCAAGAGGCCAACAAGGUCUAUCGAAGUAUUCAUCAUCAGCUCCACAACCGUCAAACUAUUUGCGGCCAGACAAUUCUUACAGGGAGAAUGAAAUAAUUUAUCAGGAUGAACCAGCCAACUAUGAGUUCACGUACGAGGUGGUGGAGCCUCAGUACUACUUGCAGUUCGGGCACAGAGAGAGCAGGCAAGGAGAUGUGGCGCGUGGAUCUUACCAUGUUCUAUUGCCCGACGGUCGCACACAAGUAGUCGAGUACCAAGCUGACGAGAAUGGAUAUAGGCCGACAGUCACAUAUCAGCAAAAAGCUCAGCCAGCCUACGAUAAUCGAUAUUAACCAGAGAAUCAAUCAAUAACGAUUUGCUGCGACACUUAUCUUAGGAUUUAGACCGUAAAUCAACUCCAAGUGAUUGAUCAAGUGAAGUUACUAUACAGUGUGAAAAAUAACGUACAACAAUUUAAGUACUGAACUAUAUAAUUCCUCAACUGGUAAGAAAAGUGGUCUGGAAAUUUCAUCUCUUGUUGUUUUUUAUUUCUGAGAUAAAAUCGGGAGGAUUCAGUUUUGAAAGAUUUUUCCGGCCUGCCAAUUUGAGUGGUCUAGAGUGUCGCAACUUCAGUCCACUACAGCUGCGCCUAGUCGUUUUUUCUACAAUAUAAUCAUUAAGGGGGAGAUUGUUCGAUAUCAUCUCAUCUCAUCUAAUCUCAUUACCAAGGCACAGGCUACAUGCAAAGGCUUAUGUUUGGAAAAAUAGAAAAUUAGUAUAAAACGUUGAAUAAUUUAUAAUGUUACAGUUGAAUGACAAAACUGAAGUUGAUGGUGUGUAAUAAAUAGCUCUCAAUCGAACUCAUGAGAUCUAGGAUCAACCAAAAAUUAUUGUUUGGGCCAUUAAGGCCAUUUUAUUCUUGUAUGUUUAUGUGUGAUUCACUAUUAUUGAAAUAUAAGUUAUAUUUUUUCAAUAUACUUUUAUGAAAUCCUCAAUUGAUUCCUAAGUAUUUAAAAUGAAUAAAAACGUCAUGAUCUAUCUCAUUCAUUCGUGAAUGAAGCAUGAAUAUAAUAUAUGGAUAAUCUCUCUUUGAAAAAUCAAAACACUGCUCAUUCCACCCUCUAUCCAUGGAGAGGAUAGAAGGUGAAUUGAGUAGUAUUCUAACCGGCACUGUAUGUGUUUUUAAUUUAAAAAUAUAACAUGGCUAAUAGUAAAUUUCUAUACUUGAACAUUCAAAUAACCCUUUCGAAAUUUUUAUUAGAAUGAAUAUUAAACCAUAAUGUAGUAACAUGUAGUCUAACCCAAUUAUUAUUUGGAAAAUAUAUUCACUAUAUGGAGGCUA